AUGGGCUGUGUUCACUCGACGCAGUCGGUUGAGUCCCCCUUUAUCGACGUCUUGAUCGCCAAACGUCCAGGAGGGCGGGACGUAGGGCCCGUGCAGAUCAAUCCGCAGCUUUCCAAGCUCAAACACGAACAUCGUUCACCUCCUAAAGCCACCGACGUCAACGUCAAAGAGCACUCAGCUCCAGACAAGUUGAAACAGCUGCCAGGUGGCAUACUGACGUUCACCGCCGUCAAAGUUGGCGCUGAUCUCGACGGCGUCAUGUUCUACCACUUCUGCGGCUCAAGCGCUGAAGACCCGACAGCUCAGCUCCACAUCAUCAAACGGUAUUCAGAUUUCAAGGUGCUGCAUGCUAAGCUUUCGGAGGUCCUCGGUGCUACUGACAACGCGACUGUCGUGCCGCAAAAGGCCUUACCGGACAUGCCACGGACCCCGGAAAUCUGGUCGUACUUCGCGCGUAAUCGCAACGAUCCAAAGGUGCUAGAAGAACGUGAGAAGCAGUUUACCUCGAUCCUAAACGCUGUGGCAAGACACCCGGUAGCACGUCACAGGACAGAGUAUUUGAGCUUCCUGGUAGGAGGACAACCCGGCAGCAAUAGCAGCAGCAACAGCUGA